CCCAUCCACACUCGACUCGAGAGUCCAGCAGUCUGUAUCACAGCCUGACUCACUGCACAGCCACAGCAGACCUGGGCGGCGCCUCUCUAUAAAACGUCCGCUGCGCUUCUUCCAAACUUCUGAACUUUUCCACCACUUCUCUCCCGGCCACGUCCCAGCCCUUCGAGUCUAAACACAUUCCAGCAACCAUGCCUUCAGAACUGGAGAACGCAAUGGAGUCGCUCAUCAAGGUGUUCCACCGUUACGCCUCUAAGGACGGCAAGGGCACGCUCAACCGGCGAGAGCUCAGAGAGCUGAUGGAGAACGAGCUGUCUAACUUCCUUAGGUCUCAGAAGGACCCUGCUGCCGUGGACAAGAUCAUGAAGGACCUGGAUGCCAACGGUGACGGCCAGGUGGACUUUGAGGAGUUUGUUUCUCUGGUUGUUGGACUUUCCAUUGCCUGCGAGCAGUGCUAUCAGACGCACAUGAAGAAGAUGGGAAAGAAGUAAAAAAACAAAGAAAACGAGACCAAAAAGAAUUUCAAUUUUUGUAAAACUUGCUUUUGUUCACUAUUAAACAUUUCAAACCUC